AUGUGCAAGCUAUUAACUAUCCGACAGUUCCAAGAGGUGAAGAGAAGCUCCGUUUGGCAACAACUCCUUGUCAUACAAGAAUGUUUAUUUUGCAAGAAGCUAUUGUUAUUCGACCACUUUGAAGCUCGCACACGCGGUGUUGAUGCCAAUUGUGGGCCAAAGUUCAACUGCGAAAUUCCAAACUCUCAAAUCAUUGCAGUUAAUUAACUAGUUGAGAAUUUUCAAAUUUUUUCAAUCAAAUUCAAAGCAGAAAUGUUAAGUUCAUUUAUUGGUUCUUAAUUAAUCGAAUUGAAUGGUAUCUUGGGAUCAUGUCUACAAUAAUCAUUAAUCAUUAAUCUUUCAUCACAUUCUGUCUGGGUUGGUUUUUCCUUCUCUUUAAUUUUCUUUUAUGUUAUCCAAUUUCAUUACUCAAGAAAUUUGUGGAAUGAAAAGGAAGAUUUUAUAAUAUUAUUCUACAAGAAGAGAAGCUUUCGGUUUGGAAGAAAAUCAUUUUGUGAGUUAAACUCAAGAUGAACCUUUUGACAAAAAAAAUUGAUUCAUUCGAAAUAAAGUUGAUGUUUAAAUAAUUCAAAAGUCGAUGAAUUUUAUUUGAUUUGUAGGUAUUUCUGAUUAUUUGGCAGAUUUUUGUAAAACAUAUUUUUCAAUCUAACAAAAAACACCAAUUUUCUGAGAAAAGAUUUCAUUGCUUAAGAUGUUGUGGAAUCCACCAAAUUAUCAUAUGUCAUGCAGUCUUCAUUAUUCGCUACUA